UCUAACGUCGGCAAUAAGUGCUAGACACUAAAGAGGUUCUACACGGUCGACGCCAAUGCACGCCGAAUGUUGCCUACCAGUGCAUGACCGCUACGGUAAUUUACUUCAAUGUUUAUUUGAAGACCGUGGCUACUGAAGUAGUACCAUAUCUUUUCUCAAACAGGACAUGUGAACUGUUAGAAUAUAGUCGAGAUAGGCAUAUAUCAGUGUUCAUUCUAAUUUCUAUACUCGAAUGGCAGAAAAAUCUGGAUUAGACCAAAAGUGUGUCAGCUGGGCUUCCAGACCCCUUGUUUGUAACGAAGCAUAUGUCGUCGGAGGGCACAACGCAGGCGAAAUGACACAGCACCACAGAAUAACACUGGAAAUGGAAGACCUUGAGAAAGAAGAGAAAGAAGAGGGCGGUUCGGGUAUUCCACGUGGGCACAGCUCACCCGAUCUCGAACUCCACACCAUCCACGCGCCGCCAGGGGCGCUGGGCAAUCUGGCCCGCAACCGACAGCGACGACUUCCACGCCAAAGACUUCAGGCCUACUGGACGUUGCCAUCGGUACUGCAGGGGGUUCUCCGGAGUUUUCGAAGCAAAAAGAACACAGCCAGAAGGUCAAUGAGGAACCCAGAGGUACCCACAUCAUUUAAAGAAACACGGAACGUUGGUGAGGAGUUUUAUAGUUAUGCUGCCACACGGGAUCUUGUUGACGGACGCUGCACAAACACUUGCUGUCUAGGGGUGGUCCGAAAUAUUCCCUCGGUGAUUAUAAACACGCCAUGCUGCUGCGUGGAUCUGUGGCAGAACUGCAGUUGCUAUUGCUUCGCCAGAAUCUUCGGCAUCAAGUCGGCCGCCAAGCACAUCACACCCAAGUGCAAGUUCUGCGUCUCUUUAGAAGGAGAAGGCGAGUACAAUACAGAGUCCAUAUUGAUUGAGUUCACCAAGCUGUGGCCGUCCGCCGAUGUCUCUCUUGGUACAGACGAGGAGAUGAACUAUCGCCUCCGUAUUCAGUGGGAAAUGGAACGCUUCCGCUCAAAGACGGACCCCAGAGCCGUUACGAGGCUAGAGAAGGAAAUCCUGGAGUUGUGCACCAAGAACUAUGCCAACCGGCUACAAAUAGUCUGUGACGAAGCGUUAAAUUUCUUUCUGGAUGCCAACAGAAGUUGGUACCGGAAGGGCCUCACCCCUCUUCACAUAGCACUCCUUCACAAUAGCACCGAAGUGGCUAUAAUCUUGAUUGAGCGAUUGGGAAAGGCAUUGCUCUUCAAGGAGAUGGCGGGUAGUUACACAGGAGCCACCGCGUUGCACAUCGCCACGGCAAACGGAAACUUCAAAGCAAUGGAAGCCAUGUUCUACCAUCUGGCUGAGGCCGACAUUCUGAAACUUCUUCGUAAAUGUGCUACCGGGGAGCAGUUCAAGAGGACUUUGGUUCCCGCCGAACUUCCCUUGUCACUUGCUGUGCUGUCUGGCAAUGCUCAACUAGUUCAGCUUCUCAUAGAAAAAGGAGCUCCACUAGAUGGCAGAGAUUCGCAAGACAACACCGUUCUACACACCAUCGUCCUAAUGUCGCAGCAUAAACUCCAAGAAGCAUUGGAGAUGUACGAAGUAAUCCUGAACAAUACCACUCGCUGGUGGUGUAGAAGCGAAGGCGUGGAUAUGACCAGAGCGAAUAGUGUCGCCACAGAAAUUGAAGCGAAGCAUUACCUGUUCCGUUUGGCAAAUAGAGAAGAAUUCACUGCUUUGACUUUGGCAGCCAAGGUCGGUGUCAAGGAAAUGUUUGAGAAAAUUCUCAACACAAACAACAUAUACAGGUUUUCACAGUGGGAAUAUGGCCAUACAACCACAGCAUUUUACGAUGUUACUGAAAUUGAUCCAGUUCUCAGUACGUCUCGAAUGUCUGCGCUGGAACUACUUGUGUACACCAAUAACGAAGAACGCAUAGAAUGCCUUAGUAUUCCGGUAAUUAACCAUUUGCUGCAUAUCAAAUGGCACAACUACAGGAUGUACUACAUAACAUGGGGUAUUUUGCAUCUAAUUUACAUGCUGAUACUAUCUCUUCCCGCGUUUGAUCCUUUACUCUUCCAAACGCCGUCCAAUGGAUCUUCGAUUCCAAAUGCUUCGCUUCCCUACAGGAACAAUUCAGCCCAAAUCCAUGAACCUGGAUACAAGAGAAAGUUCCCGUCAGGUGUGUACCUGUUCCUUAUGGUCGGCACUUUCUUAUUCUUCAUAUACAGCCUUACUGGGGCGUUAAAAUGGUCGGUGAGACACAGAGGCAACGCCAUAUUGAAUAUGUGGAAGUUCCUCAGCUGGAAUAAACUCCACGUCAUUCUUCUUCUGUUUUCUGUUUCUAUGCUGUCAUUCCUGACCGAUGCCGUGAAGUCGUUUCAACCUUUAGCUCUUCUUCUUGGAUGGGUGUUCCUAAUUUUCUUCACACGCGGUUUCAGACAGACCAGUUUCUUCUCUGCUAUGAUUCAGCGCAUCAUGCUCGGCGAUUUGCUUCGAUUUCUUAUCAUAUAUCUGAUCCUGACGGCGGGGUUUUCCNUUCUGCAUCUAAUUUACAUGUUGAUACUAUCUCUUCCCGCGUUUGAGCCUUUACUCUUCCAAACGCCUUCCAAUGGAUCUGCGAUUCCAAAUGCUUCGCUUCCCUACGGGAACGAUUCAGCCCAAACCCAUGAACCUGGAUACAAGGGAAAGUUCCCGCCUGGUGUGUACCUGUUCCUUAUGGUCGGCACUUUCUUAUUCUUCAUAUACAGCCUUACUGGGGCGUUAAAAUGGUCGGUGAGACACAGAGACAACGCCAUAUUGAAUAUGUGGAAGUUCCUCAGCUGGAAUAAACUCCACGUCAUUCUUCUUCUGUUUUCCGUUUCUAUGCUGUCAUUCCUGACCGAUGCCGUGAAGUCGUUUCAACCUUUAGCUCUUCUUCUUGGAUGGGUGUUCCUAAUUUUCUUCACACGCGGCUUCAGACAGACCAGUUUCUUCUCUGCUAUGAUUCAGCGCAUCAUGCUCGGCGAUUUGCUUCGAUUUCUUAUCAUAUAUCUUAUCCUGACGGCGGGGUUUUCUUCUGCUAUAGGUGUAGCUAGGGUUAAUCAUUUCGCUUCCUUGACCUCUUCAGCGAUUGUGUCUGAUGAAAUAGCCGAGUUUGAUGGUUUUGGUACCACCAUGUGGACUUUGUUUAGACUGAUGGUGGGCCUUUCAGAAAUUCAGAUAAUACCAGGGAAUAUCUUCAAAGGCACCUCUGCUAGUAACUUCCCGGUUAUAACUUUGCCAGCGUUACUGAUAACGUAUGUGGUGCUUGUAAAUAUUCUCCUCAUGAAUAUGCUCAUCGCCACUAUGACCGACACCUAUACCCACAUCUCAAAAUACAAUGAUCUUAUCUACAAGAAGUUGCGCACGACCGAUAUGAUUUUUCUGGAGCGAAUGUUGCCAGAAGUAAUGCGCAUGCUCGCUGUGGAGGCCACGUAUAAGAUCUGUCGAGUCAUGUCGCCAACUACUCACCGUAAUCUGUACCUUUUGGAGGUAGAAGUUUGCAAGAAAGAGGACUAGUAUGCACGUAAAAUUAUCUUUAAACAUUUUCAUUGUUUCAAUAUAAUUGUGCAUGCGUUUUCCUUCAAGAAUUAAAAACAAUGUAAUGUGUAAAAGGGGCUAAGAGCUAUGAGAACUUUUUUGCCCCUGACAGUAAAGCUGCGGCACAAUUUGACCUCCAAAAGAUCCUUGCGAGUUUCAGACUUCUAAGCCAGAACAUCCAUAUGCCACCACCAUGCGUGGACUCACUUCAACCCAUAUG